AUGAAAGUUCUUUUACUACUGUGCUUGCUAACUGCAAGUGCUGUUCUGGGGAGUCCUCUGGGAAAAAUAGGUAAAUCCCAUGCUUAUGACACGGCCGUCGAAGAAGUUUACAGUGAUGCGGAGGCAAUAGUUGAAGAGGAUGCUUCCGAAGAAUUGCACCCAACCAUCGCAGAUAGCGAAGAAACUACGGUACCACCAGAGAACAGUGAAGAAGUGACAUCUCCCGAUAGUAGUGAGGAAAUUUCGACCCCUGAAAGUAGCGAAGAAACUUCGGAAGGUUCCGACGAGGAACACCCGCUUCCUCCACCGGAAGAUUCCAGUGAGGAACGUCCUCCACCACCAGACGGUUCUGAAGAAGAACGACCGCCUGCACCAGAAGAUUCCAGUGAGGAACGUCCUCCACCACCAGACGGUUCUGAAGAAGAACGACCGCCUCCACCAGAAGAUUCCAGUGAGGAACGUCCUCCACCACCAGACGGUUCUGAAGAAGAACGACCGCCUCCACCGGAUGAGCGUCCGCCGCCACCAGAUAGCUCCGAAGAAGAUCGUCCGCUUCCGCCAGAUGAGCGACCUCCUCCACCAGAUAGUUCAGAAGAAGAGCGUCCCCCUUCACCAGACGAGCGUCCGCCUCCACCGGAUGAGCGUCCUCCUCCACCAGACAGUUCAGAAGAAGAUCGUCCACCUCCAGGAGAAAAUGAACGUCCACCUCCAGGUGACAACCGACCCCCACAAGGAGAUCACCGACCACCGCAAGGAGACAAUCGGCCUCCUCAUGGUGAUGGCAGACCGCCAACAGGAGGCAAUCGACCACCUCAAGGAGAUGGUGGACAGCGUCCUCCACAAGGAGACCACCGACCACCGCAGGGAGACAAUCGGCCUCCUCAUGGUGAUGGCCGACCGCCAACAGGAGGCAAUCGACCACCUCAAGGAGAUGGUGGACAGCGUCCUCCACAAGGAGAUCAACGUCCACCACAGGAAGAUGGGGAACAAAAGCCUCCCUUGGUCGAGGAUGGUGAACCGUGUAACGAUGGUUCCAAAGUUGUAAAUGUAAAUGUUAACAUUCAAUUGUAA